AUGUUUAAAGGCGAUAGUUCUAAUUCUUUAAGCUACGAACAACAAGCAAAGUUUAUCCUAGAUCGUAUUAUUAAUGUGGAAAAAAACUUUGGCGAAUUAUGCGCAGGAUUCAGUGAUUAUACACGCAAAACAGCAAGAUUACGCGAUAUGGGCGACGAGCUUGCAAAAUUAUUUAAAGAUUAUGCUAAUAACGAGCUUAUAAACAAAUCAUUAAGUGCCGGUCUCGGCAACUUAUCUUUAACCCUAACAGCUAUAGAAGAAUAUAGAAACUGUGCAGUACAGCGUUUAGAAGCUAAGGUAAUAGGAGAGCUCUGCCAAUAUGAAAAUAUCUGCAAGCACGCCAAGGAGGAGCUAAAACACACUAUGAAUGUUAGAGAGAAGGAAAUGGCAAGAAAAAAGGUUCUAGAUAGAGCACGGGAGCGGCAACCAUUUAACCGACAACAAGUGACCUAUGCAGAAUCGGAACUUAUAAAGGCAUCUGCCGAGAUGUCUCGCACUGCUAAAGGACUCAGUGAACUCACAGAGUUCUUCGAGCGACGUAAAUUACAGCAACUAAAGGGGUUAUUGUCGGACUUUAUAAUGGUGGAAAUGACUUUUCAUGCAAAGGCUGUUGAAUUGCUGACUGUAGCUUUUAAGCAAAUAAGUGACAUCAACGAUACAGCUGAUUUGGAGGACUUUAAGCGCAAACUACAUUCUCCUGAAACACGAGUCAAUGUUGGAAUAUCAGCGCGAUCUUCCUCGUUAGCGUCCUUGAUGUACCCUCAACAUUCACCCAAAAAGGAUGAAGAUUCCGUUAGUUCGCGGUCUCCUGAUAAAAACAUGAGGGCAAGAUCUGGUUCAAUAGCGGCACUUCUGAACCAUGCAUCUUCUAAAGAUGAUGAUACGAACUCGGAAACAGAUGAAUCAGAAGAAAAUACCUACACAGAGGAAAGCGAGUCGAAAUAA